AGGCAUGAAAAUGGCACUGGUACUCGUGGUGUCCCUGGCGACCCUCUUCGUAGGAGUCAGCCCUCAGUGCAUAUCCACGAACGAUGAAAUGACCCCUUUUCCACGGCCUGAUCUCGGCCACAUCACGCCCUUCAGUGUCGACCUGUUCAAAGAGGUCCUACCAUCGACGGGGAACUUCUUCUUUUCGCCGUACAGCGUGUGGUCGGCUCUCGUCCUGGCCUACUUCGGGUCCGGCGGGAACACCCAGGCCCAGCUGGAGCAGGUCCUCCAGCUCACCAACAAGGAGGAGACGCUGGCCUUGUACAAGAGCAUCGAUCAAAUCUACGGCGGGGUGCAGCGUGCUGUGCGUGCUGGCGGAGGCGCGAACAGGAUGCGUGGGCGAAGGGGCUGCAGACGCCCUGGGAAGGCAGACCAAGAGGGCGAGAACGAGACCAAACGCCCCCAGGAGAAGCAGAGGUGUCGAGGCAGGAGAAUGAAAGGUCUCAGAGCUGCAAAGACAGAGAAAACCAAACGCAGGCACCCGCGAAGAGGGAAUGGGGCAGGGGCGCGGGGAAAAAGAAUGGACAACGCCAGCUACACCAUCAGCGUCGCCAACCGCGUGUACGUUCAGGAAGGCUUCCCCCUGCGAAGGUGCGUCCGCAGGGCUCUCAUUAAAGAGCUGAGGACCGUCGACUUCGAGGAGUGGAGGCUCAGGUCCUGGAGAUGCCUUACCGAGGAGAAGGAGCGUCCAUGUUCAUUUUGCUGCCUCGAGACCGAAGCGAAGAGGCUUUGGAUAUGAUGGUCGAGCGUCUCACGGGCGCGACGCUCAAAUCUGCCAUGAGGAAGCUCAGCAGCAGGAACGUGACGGUUGGCCUCCCCAAGUUUAAGCUGGAGUCGAGCAUUCGGGACGAACUCAAGAUCGGUCUAACCAGCAUGGGCAUCGGCGACCUGUUCUCUCCCGUGGCCGCAGACAUGUCGACCUUCUCCCCCAGCGAGCGCCUGGUCCUCAACGACGGCAUCCACAAGGCGGUCAUAGAGGUGAACGAAGAGGGUUCGGAGGCAGCGGCGGCGACGGCACUCGUCUUCGGCAGGAGCGCCCGGAGGAAGCCGUCCUUCGUGUGCAACCGGCCCUUCCUCUUCUUCAUCCUCGACAAGGCCACCAGCAACGUGCUCUUCAUGGGAGCGUAUAGGGAGCCC